AUGAAUUCUGUUUUAAAUUUUGAAAUUUUUUUAUGGAAAAAAUUUAUGAAAAAUAAAUAUUAUCGUAUCAUACAUAAUCAUAUUUUAUAUCUUUUCUAUUAUGAUGAAUUGAUUCGACAAAAGUUUUUCAUCAAUAAUCACAGAGAAAAACCAAUGGGUAAAAUCAAUCAAUCAUCAUUUAAUAAUAAAAUAUUAUUAGCCAUUACAUCAAUUCUAAUACUAAUCAUAUCAAUAUUUUCAAUAUUACAACCAAAAUUUAUUGUUAAUUAUAAUGGUUUUAUAAUAUAUACGAAAAUGUUUCCAAUUGAAGGUUUAAAAUAUUUAUCCAAUUCAAUAAUUAUCUGUACAAUUAAUAUUAUAUUGAAUGCAUUCUAUGCAACAUCAUCUUAUUAUGAACAAUUUCAUUUUAUUCUACCAAUUCAAUAUAAACAACUGAGGAAUUUAAAUCAUCGAAAUUCCAAACAAUUUGAAACAAUCAAACAACAAUCAUUCAAUACAUUAACAAAUACAUUGCUUGAUAAACCAUUAGGUUUUCGUUUGAUAAAUGAUAUGACCAUUCAGGCAAAUACAUUUGUAACAAUAUUCAUAAAUAUAAGUACAUUUUUCUUUCUUAUUUCCAAACAAAUUGAAGUGAAUACAGACAAUUUCUGA